AUGCUCGGAAUGAAAGCAAUUUUGGGUGAGUGAAAGUAAUCGGGGAGUUGUAGUAACGGUUCUUUCAGUUCAGCCGGACUUUUGAUAUGCUUGGUCGUUGAUCUUGUUCGUGGAGGGCAGAUAAGCUAUGAUGGGGAAUCGGAGCCAAAGAUUGUGAGGAAAACAAGGCAAAAUGGUAAGUUGCUCAAGAAUAUGUACAUAUUGAUCUGAAAAUUUAUUUGUUAUAAGUUAAACCUCCGGAAAGCGAGUUACAAGGAGCCAAAAAAAAUUAAUGAUUUUUUAUAUAGAGGUUUAAUUUGGCUUUACAAUGGCGGACCUGAUCCAGUGGCAAAAAACGUAUCAUUUUGCAUCCGGGAAGUAUCAAAAAUGCAGCAUAAUACCUCCCUCUCCAAGUGAAAAAAACUCCGAUUUCAAAAGCUCUUUUUGUGAGGGAUAGGGCGCGCCGGUCAAAACGGAGUUUUUUUGGUUGGAGAGGGAGGCAUUUUGCCACAUUUUUGAUGCUUCCCGAAUGCAAAAUAAUACGUUUUUUGCCACUAGAUCAGGUCCCACUGUAUAUGUAUAUUUUGUUCAGGACCUCCAGAAUUUACCUGCUAUAGAAAAGCGUUUCAAUUGCAUAUAUAUUUUCUGUAAUUAUUCUUUUUUCUCAAACAUUUUAGCUGUCCAAGUCAAAUUCUUCGAGGAAGUCAAAACAACAGUCGUCCACAACAUUGAUAAAAAUCAUUUGGUUACCAAUGUUUACCUUGAGGAUUUCCACGACCUCGCAAAUCUCACAUCCUACCCUCAGAUGGCAGAGAUGACCUUGAAUUUGGCUUUAGUGCCUGAGGGGAACUUCACCGAAUUUUACUCAAAUUGUAUUGAAAACUUAAAGUCAAUGGGGCCGAAUCUGACGAAGAUUCACUUCUCCGAGGCUAAAAACAUGAUUGUUGUCGAGGAAAAUGUAAAAAAGUAUUUUGUUGAUGAUAUACAACAAGUAGUUUUAGGUGUAUGAAAAUCUGAAAAAAGAGCACGAAAAGAUGAUAGAAGAUGCGAGGGAACUGAAAAGUUUACUGGAAGAGAAAGGGAUUACAGUGAAGAGUAUGAAGCUAAUCACUGAAGUUGUAAUCAACGACUUGGUGAGUGUAGUAAAUUUUUAUAUUGUUGGCUUCGUUUGCAGAGGCAACCGAGAUAUUAACCGGUUUUUGUGGCUGAGAGAGUACGCGAAAGGCAGAGGGCGGUCAGAGAUAAAAUAUUUUUUUUCGGCCAAAUUGCCAAUUUUGAAUAGAAAAAAAUUAUUUUUUGAGGCCAUUACAUACUCUAUGGUAAAAAUAGGCAUGAAAAUUUUCAUGCCAAAAUUUGCAAAGAGAGGCCACAUUUUUUCCGUCUUUCUACUUAAAAAUCUCGGCUGUUUCUGCAAAGCGCGAACUAGGAUUCUCGCAUAUGUCUAACAAGGAAAGUACUUCUAUGGGGUGUGGAAUUACCGGUCGAGAUAUAUAUCAAAAAAUUCGCAAAAAUUUUCUGAUUCAGAAUAUAUAAAAAUUAGCUGCCUAAUUUUGGUCUAAUGACAUGUUUUUGUCCUCAGAAGUUUUCUCGCGACACCAUGCACGGCAACCCAGGGAGUCUCCCGCCUCGUUUCGGCGCUUCGCCCACCUAGUAUCGGUUGAAUUCAAACGAAAUGUCAAAAAUGAAUUUUCGUGUGGUUUUCCGACCGAAAAAUAUUUUUCUCGGAAUUAUUUUAUUUCUUUUGUGAAUUUUGACACUUCGUUUGGACGAAAUUCAAAAGUGGGCGGGAGACAUUUUUGUUCUAUUUUGGGUUGCCGUGCCAUGCAAGUGUCUUUUUGACCUUGUUUUUACCAAUAAAAAAUUUUGUUUUGUGCUAAACUAAAUUCUGAGGCCUUGACAAGCCUUAAAAUAUCAAAUCGGAUUACAACUACACUUUAAAAGUAGUUCCAAUGUAAAAAAUGGGAUCUAGUGUGGCAAAAAGAGCCGAACCCGUUUCCCUCGGAUUUCCAACCCAGCGCUCUAACCACUCGGCCACACCGCUCUCUUCCGAAGGAAGAGACUGAGCGCGGUUUUGUUGCCGCAGAUUUUUUUCUUCGAGAAAAGCAUUUAUUGAAAAAACUCGCUGAUAGACCAAAAUUAGGCAGCUAAUUUAUAUAUAUUCUGAAUCAGAAAAUUUUUGCGAAUUUUUUUAUAUAUAUCUCGACCGGUAAUUCCACACCCCAUAGAAGUACUUUCCUUGUAAGAAAAAAUUACUCUAAAUUUACCUCAAGUUUCAUCAAAACCAGAGUGUCGCAUUUGGUCUACCUCUCCUUUAAAAUCGGACCUAACCCUCUUACCUUUCAGGCGAUGAAACUCGACGAGCUCAACGAAGUCUUUGAUGCCAAUGUAACAUCCGAAUUUGCUCUAGUUUACGGCUUUAUUUCCAACGCAUCUCUUGGCGAAAUCAACCUACAACACACCUAUGUUUUCUCAACAAAAACCCUCUUCAAUUCGCCAGAGACAAUGGCCAAGUAUAAAGGUUCUAUUCUUACCGAAAAGAUUCCGUCUUCUGAAGCCUCUAUGCGACGAAGAAUCGAAAGCCGACUUCCGCAACGAUGUCUGCGGCCGUUGAUUGCCAAUUCGAUUGUUUGUUUGGCCAGUCCGGACCGAAUGAUGGUCACAAAACAGGACGGUAAAGAUGAACAGAGCAAUUUCUGUUGCGAAUUCUUUUAA